GUAAGGGAAUCUUAGACAAUAACUAUUGAUGUGUCUUCAGUCAUCUUAUGAAUUCACUCCACAGCUGUGGUUUUUAAUCCUGUUGAUCAGGGACUCAUUUACAUUCUGGAAGCUGACUGAAUGCUAGUAAAUGUUAUUAACUGUGUGGUGGGAGAAGAAAUUAGCAGUACAUGUCACUGACUCUUAUCAGUUAUGUGUAAAAUGCUUUGAUGUUGUCUUCUUUUUGUUUAGAAGGUGGAAGUAAAAUAUUAGACUUGUUCACAAUGGGCACAACACACAGACUACCAGCUUGAAAUACAUCCCACAGUCCAAUGCCCCGCACCAAAAAUUCUGCCUAAGGCAUAUAUUUACACUAAUUUGGAGACCACCAGAUUUCAUACAAUUUCUGCAUUUUUUUUUUGAUGAUGUCUACUGUCCAGUAUUUCUGAGUGGUACUAUUCUUAUAUCCACUAGGUGGCAGACUCAGGCUUUUCAUUUGCAGUCUGUUACACAUGGCCACCAUUGUGGAGUCCUAUAAUGUGGUGCAGUACAAACCCAGACCGUUGUUUCUUCCUGUCGUUGAAAAAUUGGGUAAAAAUCCAAUGCUUCAAACUGUAGUCAAGGUUCUGCUGGUGGUUGCUGAAACGUUAACAUGGACAAACCACAGAAGGAUGACCCAGCUGACCAGAAGAUGAGCGACUCUGGGAAGAAGUCUGGAAAGCCAGUCACAGCCUGUCUGUUGAGCACAGCCUUCUUCGGUGCCCUGGGGUCAUCUUUCAUUUACGGCUACAACCUCUCUGUGGUCAACGCUCCUGCUUUGUACAUUAAUGCUUUCUACAAUAAAACAUGGGUUGAGAGAUAUGGGGAGUCUAUUGCAGCAGAGACAGCCACUCUUCUCUGGUCCAUCACAGUGUCUAUAUUUGCUAUCGGAGGCCUUCUCGGAGCAAUGUUUGUCUCUUUAAUCAUCAAAGUCAUGGGAAGAAAAGGAACCUUGCUGCUGAAUAACAUCUUUGCUGUAAUAGCUGCUCUGCUGCUGUCCCUGGGUGAGAGGGCAAAAUCUUUUGAGAUGCUCAUCAUAGGCCGGCUCAUAAUUGGGGUGAACUCUGGUAUAGCUCUCAGUGCCCUCCCCAUGUACCUGGGAGAAAUUACGCCAAGACAUAUCAGAGGUUCCAUUGGCCAGUUCAACUCAAUCCUGAUCUGCUUGGGAGUGUUCACAGGACAAGUGCUUGGGCUGCCCGAGCUGCUGGGUCAGGAGUCCAGGUGGAACCACCUAUUUUCCUUCCUGGCGUUGCCGUCCAUGCUGCAGCUGUGUGUGCUGCCCUUUCUUCCCGAGAGUCCUCGCUACCUGCUGAUAGAGAAGAGGGAUGAGGCUGGAGCAGAAAGAGCCUUCCAGAGGCUUUUGGGGAAGAAGGAUGUGUCCCAGGAGCUUGAAGAGGUCCACGCGGAGGCUCGAGCUCAGGACAACCUACAGACCGCCUCUGUGUUACAGCUGCUGAAGAGCCCAGCUGUUCGCUGGCAGCUCAUCACCAUCAUCAUCACCAUGGCCUGCUAUCAGCUCUGUGGCCUCAAUGCUAUCUGGUACUACACCAAUGGGAUCCUUCGUGAAGCAGGCUUUGCCGAGAACAUUCUCCCCUACAUCACACUGAGCACCGGGGCCAUAGAGACUUUGGCUGCUAUCAUCUCAGGCUUAGUGAUAGAACGAAUUGGGAGGAAGCCCCUCCUCAUAUUUGGUUUCUCUGCCAUGGCAGUGUUCUUCAGCCUACUCACAGUGUUCCUCAACUUCCAGGACAGUGUGUCAUGGAUGCCCUACCUCAGUUACAUCUGUAUACUGGCUGUGAUUGCAUCCUUUUGCUCUGGACCAGGUGGCAUCCCCUUCGUCCUGACCGGGGAACUGUUUGAACAGUCCUACCGACCUGCUGCCUUCAUGAUCGCUGGCACCGUAAACUGGCUGUCCAACUUUGCUGUGGGCCUCUUGUUCCCAUUUAUUCAAGAGAAGCUGCAGUCCUUUGCCUUCCUGGUGUUUGUGGUGGUCUGCACCUUUGGAUCUAUCUACCUUUAUGUCGUCCUCCCUGAAACCAAAAACAAAACAUUUAUGGACAUCAGUCAGAGCUUUGCCAAGAUCAACAAAAUCCCUGUCCCCUCCCCCAGCCAUGAAAUGGAGCUGGUUCUGUCCAUCAAGCCUGACAUGAACGGAAAAGUCCAAGAUGUCAUUAAAAUGGAGAGUUCCUUCUAACUGAACAAACUACACUUAAGCAGGGCUGAAAUAUAAACUCUAAGUAUUUGUUGUUUAUACAUAUCUAUUUAAUGACUGUGAUCAAUGAAAUGAAAACCAAUGCUUUUGGGCAGUUUCAAUGUAUUUAGGUAUUUUGUAUGUUUUGUAUGACAGGGAUAUUUAAUAUUACAGUAUUUCAGUUUACAACAAUGAUUUGUUUAUGUCUCUUAUUAAAAUUAAUCAAACCCA